GUAAUUAAAAUACUAGCUAAUGAGUAUCUAAGUAAAAUUCACUCUUCCAUCAAUCACAAUGGGAGAUGGGAGGCAAGAAUUGGGAGAGUGUUUGGAAACAAUUACUCAAGAGGAGGCUGCUCGUGCCUAUGAUAUUGCGGCUAUCGACUACAGAGGAAUCAAUGCUGAUGUUUUUGAAGGAAAGACUCCGUUUAGCCCUUGCCCGAAGUCUUCUUCUCCAACUGCACUCAGUCUCCUCCUAAAGUCUUCAAUAUUUAAAGAGCUGGUAAAGAAGAACUUGAACUUGGACAGGAAUGAUGAGGAUACUCAAGAGAAUGACACAGAGAAUCCAUCCCAGAAAACGAAUGAAAAUGAAGUUGGAGAGGUGUUUUACAACGGAAUCAGUCAUGUUUCUUUCAGUGGCAUGCUGCCUUGUUUAGAAUUGGAUGAAAGCAUUGAAAUGCCAUCACACAGCAAAGCAGGGCAAUCCCUUUGGAAUGGUGCCUUAAGCAUGCCUCCUUCACAUUAAAAUUCUCGUUUUAUUUUUCAUUCUUUCUAUUGUUGACUUAAGAAGCCGUGUAUGCCAAAACUGAUCCCUAGUUUUGUGUCAUAAUAUUAUACUCAUGUAUAUAAAACAAAGAGAAAUUUGGGAUCAUUAUGUAAAUACGAUUGUUAAUUAGGAGGAUAAAAGUCAUAAUUAUGA